UGCCUUCCCUCCCUUAUCACUUCUUCCCACCACGAUCCGGAAGAUUCUUCACAAACAGGCAGAGGUCCUCCUGGUUGCACCACAUUGGCUGAGAUGUCCAUGGUUCACCGACCUGAUGGAGCUCUCCAUCUCCCCUCCGUUGAGGAUCCCAGCAGGUUGUAUCUCCCUCAUUCAGGGGGAACUACAUCAUCCGGACCCUCAGUGGCUCCAGUUAACCAUUUGGCACUUGAGAGGCAGGCCUUAGGCCGAGACUCAUAUUCGUCAAGGGUCAUAGCGAUGAUUCAACAAUCCAGGUGACCCUCGACAAAUAGAAUAUAUGAUGCCACCUGGAGGAGCUUCUGUAAUUGGUGUUCAGAUCACAAAAUUGACCUCUUGGCUAUCUCCGUGCCAAUUAUAUUGGAGUUCCUGAUGGAUGGGUUGGACAAGGGGCUUUCCACAAACACCAUCCAUAGACAGGUAGCAGCACUUGCCAUGGUAAUUACUUGCGGCAAUGACGUUCCCCUGGCACAUCACCCCAUGGUACGCUCCUUCCUAAAGGGAGCAAACAAUGCCAGGCCACCAACCGUACACCGAUACCCCUCGUGGGAUCUUCACCAGGUUUUACAGGCACUCGUUUCUUCGCUAUUUGAGCCUAUUGACACUUGUUUGUUUAAACAGUUAUCGAUGAAAGUGGCAUUCCUUGUUGCUGUAACUUCGGCCAAAAGAAUUUCUGAGCUGCAUGCUCUUUCAGUGCGAAAAGACCUGUGUAUUUUCCAUAAUGACAGGGUAACCCUUAGACUAGAUCCCUCCUUCGUGCCCAAGGUAAAUUCCUUGUAUCAUAGAUCACAAGAAAUAAUUUUACCGGACUUCUGUCCUAACCCAUCCAAUGACAUAGAGAUGCAGUGGAACAAGCUGGACGUGCACAGGGCCCUGCAUUGUUACAUACAGAGAACCUCAUCCUCUGUUUGUGUCCUCAAAUCUGAGGCUCUGUUUGUGUCCUUUCACCCUUCGUCAUUAGGACAAAAGGUUUCUUCAUCCACAAUAGGCAGAUGGAUUAGAGCUUGUAUUUCUCUGGCAUACCAGACUCGGUCACUGCAAGCUCCUAGACAUAUCACAGCCCAUUCCACCCGGGGUGCAGCUACUUCAGCUGUUUGGGUGACCCAGGCUUGCAUAGAGGAGAUUUGUAGAGCAGCGACAUGGUCCUCACCCUCUUCCUUUGUCCAUCACUAUAAGAUGGACAAAUAUGCCUCCUCUACUGCCUCAUUUGGUUGCAGGGUAUUAGAACACACAUUAACAUCUGACGGGACCCAGGCCCAAACUGCUUCCCCCCCGUAGGUACACAGGGCUUUGGUAUGUCCCAUCCGUGGAUUCUCCAUCCAAUCAUGCUGGAGAAGGGGCGUUGUCUUACCUGAACGCCUUUUCUCAGCAUGAUGAUGGAGAAUCCACUCCCUCCCAUUAAGGUCAGUUGGCCCUGGUUCCGAUAUCAGGAAAGCAGACGCAUUGGAUUAAAGUCUGAGUAUCGCCUUAGUCUAAACUGGGGUAGAAAUGGCACAGCAGAGGCGGUCCUAUGCUUCAGACUUAGUCUUAUUGGAGCAGGAAGAUUAAGACAACCCAUCCGUGGAUUCUCCAUCAUCAUGCUGAGAAAAGGCGUUCAGGUAAGGCAAUGCCCCUUCUCACCUGGUGGCAUUUCCUGGAGGGGAACAAAAUCCCCUUCCAGGUGAGGACAGACCAUAAGAAUCUGGAAGCAUUAAAAACACCUGUAGAGGUGAGAGACAGGCAAAGGUCGUGCGCAGAAUACUGCCCCCCAACGCUUGUGUCUCUUCUCUGUAUCUAUCUUCCCCCCCUCAUGUCACCAUAGUGAUGUGAAAGUACACAGGUCUGUGUGACCUUGGCCAGUUUGAUAAGGCUGGCUGUGAACAACAAGUUUCCCUGUUUAUGGCCUCUAGCUUUUUACUCUUGAGG